CUUCAUAGCGCGUGUGUCGUUCGUACGUCGAAUCACGGUCCGGAAAACAUACGCUACGUUACGAUCGUUCCCUCCACAGUCCUCGUUAUAUUCGUUCUUUUUCCGCUUCCAAGAAACGUUGGACUAUAUUCGCGGUUCGUUUCCGAGUGCAGUUUCAUGGUAUUCGUCGAUGACGCAAUACCGCGACGUUCGUCGAAAAAUGUCGAAUCUGGCGAUACUUUGCGAAAAACAUUGACGCGCGCGGUCUAUGUUGGUUGAAAUUGUCGGUGACGAUGCGAAGGUCAAAAGGGAUCGUCGUAUAAUCAUCGGUGUGCCGUUGGAAUUUCAUGGAAAAUAGAACACGAAGAAGGGAGGGAGAGAGAGAGAGAGAGAGAGAGAAUGAGUUUCGUGGAAAGUGACUGAACGGUUAAACGAUUUAUCGGUUAAAGCGGGGAAAAAAAGACGCGCGUGGAGAGUUAUUCGAAAUCCCGAGUAAACACGCAGUUUCCACGAGUAGGACGAAAGUUUAUGUUUGACGACAAAUAUCAAACGGAUCGGUCGAGGUGACGCGAACGCGUAGUCACCAAAGUUCCCGUAUUUGUUUUGGACGUUAACGGGGUGCCGACCGAAGGAGAUCGGUUUUCCUUCGCGGAAAAGCCUACUCUGGAUCGUAGGGGCGUAAUUUUCAACCUGAGAACCCCCGGUCAUGGCGGUUCUCGGAUUCGAAAAGUACGCGAUCUGAAACGUUUCCCGGCUUCUCGGUAAAUUAGUUUUUCUACGAAAUCUCAAGAUGACGACACCGGUCGAGCGUGGACUCAUCGUCUUGUCGUUCUUCACUGCGAUCUGCCAGGCCAACGAACUUAAGGACUACUGUUCCAUGCACAAGUUCGACAAUUUGCCACCGGGUGGACUCAGGUUUACGAAGGAAGUCGUAACGACGGAAUACGCGAACAUCGGUGCGUUCAAAGCCCUUCAUUGCUGUCUACGAGGAUACAGGAGCAUCGAAUGGUACAAGGACAACAGGGCCUACCCUUGGCCGGGUGGCGAGAGCCACUUCAUCCUGUACCCGGAGAGCGCGAACCAGACGAUUUACGCGCAAAAGGUGAGAGCCUCCGACGCUGGCCGAUAUUCGUGUCGGGCGAGGAACGACACCACCUUCCUCGAAGGAGACAUCACGCUCGCAGUUCUCGGGGAAAAGUCCGGCGGAUACACGGGCAAACCGCUGCCGACGUACAGGCCAGCCUCGCAGUUGGUACCCCUGGGAGGAGCGGCGAGGUUGUUCUGCGAGGCGUACCUGGGCAAGGUGGACCUGCCCGACGCGAAAAAUUCGGUGACCUGGUCCAAGAGCGACAGCAACCUCACGCUACCAAGCCACGGCAGGAUCGCGCAGCACAGAGUGUCCAGGGAGAACAAUCAGAUCGUCGGCUCUUACCUGGAGAUCGAGGACAUAACGCUGGAGGAUUACGGCGAGUACAAGUGCGAGGUUAGCAACGGCGUGGACGAGGAGAUCACGUUACCCGCUCACGUUUAUCGGCAAGAGCCGCAGUUCGCUUUGGGACUGCAAAACGGAUCCUGGAGGAGGUCGUUCCUGGUCGGCGUCCUGGUGCUGGUCCUGCUCAUCUCGGCCGGCGCGUUCUACGCCCGCUGCUGGCUGCCUCUGGCGCUCCUCUGUCGCGACAAAUUCGCUCCUCUCGAGGAAAACGACGGCAAGGAAUGCGACGCUCUGGUGUGCUACCACGAGAAGGACUCGAGCCUGGUGAUCGGUAUAGUGAUACCCACGCUGGAGUCCAGGCAUCGAUACAAGUGCACGGCGUUGGAGCUGUCCCAGCUGAAUCAGAACUGGGGUCUGGAGAUCGGCGCACACGCCACUAUGAGCCGGAGAAUCAUCGUGAUCUUGAGUCCGGCUUCCCUGGGAAACGUUUGGAACGAGACUAGCAUCGGGGCGGUGCUGAACCAGCUGUCAUCGCUCGCGACGCGAACAAUAGUGAUCGCGACGAAGGACCUAUCGAACACAACCAUGAUCGCCAAACGAUCGAGUCGGAGUUGCAACGACGGUAGCGAACUCUCGCUCGAUCGUUUAAAAAUACUGCACUGGGACGAAACUGGAAACUCGACUUCGGGUAACCAAAAGUUUUGGUACAAGCUCCGGCUCGCUAUGCCACCGGUUCGACCGAUUAGUUCCGAAAGUGGCUGCCAAUCGGUCGCCAUGAUCGUCCAGGCGAACGGGAAAUGCGGACAACAGAAGGCCCGAUCGCGCGAAAGUCUCGAGGUUCUCGUCUAAUCGGGAAC